UUUCCCCGCCGGGCGGCCGUGCCUGCGCCGCCCUCCUCCUUUCCUUCUUCCCCCCCCCAGCUCCUCCGGGUGGUCUCCGGCCCCGGGGCAGGGUGCGGGCCGGGCUGGGGGUAGCGGCUCCGCCGCGCCGCGAAGGGAGCGCGGCUCUGCUCUCCUCCUUUCCUCCCCGGCAUGAUGGCGUCCCUCCGGCGGCCCGGGGGAGACCCGGGGCCGGUUCCCCGCCGGCCGCUCCCGGCUCGAAGUUUGUGGGGUCUAAAUAUUGUACUGAGUACAUGAGUUGCUGAAAAGAUGUGUCUUUCAGAGAAGGCUUCUCACAAGCUGCAUGCAGGUUUCUAUGUUAGUCCAAAUACUACACAAAAGACAGCAGCAGUGAAGGAAGACAAAAAAAGCAGCAUUGGGAUUUAAAAGAAGUUUGUUGAUUCCAACUCACCCAUCAGCAGACAGAACGCAUAAUAAAAAGUGCAUGGAUUUUGAUGUGUAAAGAGUGGCUGAAAAGUUCUCAGCCGGAAGGGUUUAGAAUACUGAGAAGGUUGCAUCCAUCAAGGGGGGGAUGUCAGCGCUGCCUUCCUGGGACUGGAGGACUGAAAAGGAGAAAGGACCAGGAUUGUUUGAGACAGGCUGCUUUUAACUGCCAACGCAAUCUGCUGCAUCCUGGUGGUGGUGGAAGAAUAGGACAGGUUCUCCUGCUUAGUUCUGUGGUAUCACCACAGUGGGGUCACCAUGAAUGUGACAAGUUUAUUCUCCUUCACCAGCCCAGCAGUGAAGAGGCUGUUGGGAUGGAAGCAGGGGGACGAAGAAGAAAAAUGGGCAGAGAAAGCUGUUGAUGCAUUAGUGAAAAAACUGAAGAAGAAAAAAGGUGCUAUGGAGGAGCUGGAAAAAGCAUUAAGCUGUCCUGGUCAGCCCAGCAACUGUGUCACAAUUCCUCGUUCCUUGGACGGCAGGCUUCAGGUUUCACACCGGAAAGGGCUACCACAUGUAAUUUACUGUAGAGUGUGGCGCUGGCCAGACCUGCAGAGCCAUCACGAACUGAAACCACUGGAAUGCUGUGAGUUUCCCUUUGGUUCAAAACAGAAAGAGGUUUGCAUCAACCCCUACCACUACAAGCGAGUAGAGAGUCCUGUCCUUCCUCCAGUCCUGGUUCCAAGGCACAGCGAGUACAACCCUCAGCACAGCCUCUUGGCCCAAUUCCGCAACCUGGGACAAAACGAGCCCCACAUGCCGCACAACGCUACUUUCCCGGACUCUUUUCAGCAACCCAAUAGUCACCCGUUUCCCCACUCGCCCAACAGCAGCUAUCCAAACUCACCUGGAAGCAGCAGUAGCACCUACCCACAUUCUCCAGCCAGCUCAGACCCGGGAAGUCCUUUCCAGAUGCCAGCUGAUACUCCUCCUCCUGCUUACCUGCCUCCAGAAGAUCAGAUGACACAUGAUACCUCCCAGCCGAUGGAUACCAACAUGAUGGCACCCACAAUUCCCCCUGACAUACACAGAGGAGAUGUUCAGGCGGUUGCUUAUGAGGAGCCGAAGCACUGGUGCUCCAUUGUCUACUAUGAGCUGAAUAAUCGUGUUGGGGAGGCAUUCCAUGCUUCUUCCACCAGCGUCCUGGUGGAUGGCUUCACUGAUCCUUCAAACAACAAGAACAGAUUUUGCCUGGGGCUGCUCUCAAAUGUUAACCGCAACUCCACCAUUGAGAACACUAGGCGGCAUAUUGGCAAAGGUGUGCACCUCUAUUAUGUUGGUGGGGAAGUGUAUGCUGAAUGUCUUAGUGACAGUAGUAUUUUUGUGCAAAGUCGGAACUGCAACUACCAUCAUGGGUUCCAUCCCACCACAGUCUGCAAAAUCCCCAGUGGCUGCAGUUUGAAGAUUUUCAAUAACCAAGAGUUCGCUCAGCUCUUGGCUCAGUCAGUGAACCAUGGCUUUGAGACAGUGUAUGAGCUUACUAAGAUGUGCACUCUCCGUAUGAGUUUUGUAAAGGGUUGGGGAGCUGAAUAUCAUCGCCAAGAUGUAACGAGCACUCCAUGCUGGAUAGAGAUACAUCUUCAUGGUCCCCUUCAGUGGCUGGAUAAAGUACUUACUCAGAUGGGCUCUCCUCAUAACCCUAUUUCUUCAGUGUCUUAAAAGGUCCUAAGCUCCUGCAUUUUGGAAACAAUUGAGCCUUGCAUGUACUUGAAGGACGUAUGAGUCAGACACACACUUCCCCCCACCCCCUCGAACUGGCAACAGCUGAAUAAGAGCCUUGAAAAUACUUGACUUCUGUGACCAACUGUUGGAUUCAGAAGAAAAAAGAAAAAAAAAACCCACCGACAAAACCCCAACUCCUUUGACAUACUGUUGGUAUCAAGAAUUUUAGUUUACAUUGUAAUGUACUAUUGCAAAGUUGAUUUGCAGGGCUUAGUGCAACGGGGACGACCGAGCCAAAACCACAAUCUGUUGGACCGAGUUCCCGAAGGAUCUUCCUGUAGCUGGCAGUCUGAGAUUCUCUUUCUUCCUUUAUGUUCAGCGCAUGCUGUUUUCCCCUGUGUCCUCUGGGGCUAAGAGGCGAUGUCGGCAAAGUCUGCUUUUUGCAGGCUCUCUGCAGUACAUUUUAAAACCAUUUGUCUAAGUUGAUGGUUGCUGUUCUCUUUAAAAGAAAAAAAAAUGUCAUAAAGUUUAAUCUCAAUAACUAUGUAAUUAUCUUUGAAAUUGUGUCCUGACCAUACUGCUGUAAGAAUGUUAGGUAUGUUUUUUGCUAAAUGUAUGUACGGUGUAUUUGAAAGUUUAGAAAUUAAUUAGAUUUAGACCAUAAAGGAAUUAGGAAUAUUUGAAUGGGGGGGGGAGGUGGGAGUGGGAAGGGAAAAUGACAACUGAACUGUAGAAUAUAUUGUAAACAUAGCUUGUUAGUUUAAACUGAGGUCUGAGUUUUGCUGUGCAUUUCAUUUUUGUAGUGGCUUCAUCUUGUUAAUUCUGACUAUUUUUGCCUCUUCAUUUUCCCCAAAAUGAUUGCACACCUGGUUAAUUCUUUUACCCGUGAAGAGGACAAAACGAUUAAUUCCUGCAGUUUUAAGGCUGCACCUCUAUGUAUUUCAAGACAAAAUUGUACAGAGUGCUCUUUAACUAUUGAGCAGUUUUAUACAGUUUAUGUAACAGAAGUAGGCUUUUAAUUUUGUAAGAGAAUCUUGUUUUGCCAAACCUAGUAACCGUUAAUUGUUUGGAGGACUUCAAAAUCCCUGUGUGGGUCUAUUUCAAACUUAAAGAAAAUAUAUAUAUUUUUAAUUUUUACUUUUUUUUUUUACUGCUUUGUUCAUUUUCUUCUCUUUGACCUUUUAUAUUCACGUAAGCUGUAAUACUUUUAGUACCUUUAUUCCAAAACUAGUGGGUCCUCUUUACUGGAAGUUUUGAAUAAAACCUGUUGUUACUGCUUACAUUUGAUUAAAA